AUGUACACCUGUGCAAAGUUCGUCUCCGCUCCUGCGCUAGUGAGGAGGAGCUCGCGGGUGCUGUGCCAGCCCCUUUCAGCCUCUGUGCUGAGCAACCCCGAGGCCCGGACAGAGCAGGUAACGCACCCGGCUCGGACUGGGGGACACGGGAACCCCUCGCUUAAACAGCAGCUCUUCUCCUACGCCAUCUUGGGCUUUGCCCUCUCUGAGGCCAUGGGGCUCUUCUGCCUCAUGGUGGCCUUCCUCAUCCUCUUCGCCAUGUGA